AUGGAAGAAAGUAGUAGAUCAGAAGGAUCACAAUCCAAAGAAGGACACAUCAUUGAAGUGAAAGAAGAAAUGGAAGGAGAAGAAGGAGAUCAAGGUUCUCAUCAACUUGUAUCUAAAAUGAAGCAAAAGAUGGAAGAUGUUUCUAAACUAGUCUUCAUCUUCAGAAUCCCUCGAAGCGAAAACGACAAGGAGUAUACUCCAUCGAAGGUCUCAAUAGGCCCUAUCCAUCACAAGGCAACCAAAACUCUAGAGAUAGAAGACCAUAAGUGGAAGUACACAGCCUCACUCCUCAACCGAAAACCAAACUUGGAAGCAACAAUAGACGCUUGUGUCAAAGCCCUAAAGGAGUCCGAGCAUAGGAUAAGAAAAUGUUAUGGAGAACAAUUCAACAACAUCAAGAGCAACGACUUUGUCGAAAUCAUUCUAGUCGAUUGUUGUUUCAUCAUUGAACUCUUCCUUAAAUUCUCCAUAAAGGGUCUAAGACGCCGAAACGACACCAUUUUCACCACCCCCGGGUCGCUCUAUGAGUUGAGGAGUGACAUGAUUUUGCUAGAGAACCAAAUCCCACUAUUUGUCCUCCUACAAAUAUUCCACAUUGUCCCUAUCCCCCCGCAAUGUACCAUGUCAUUUAAUCAACUAGCCUCUAGGUUUUUCAGGAACAUGGUCCCUGGAGACUUGCAAUAUCUUCAUGAGAAGUUCAACCAAGAAGGGUACCACUUUCUCGACCUAAUCCGCCGGUGCAUCAUACCGGCGAGGGUUUUGCCAAAUAAAACGAGUUGUACUACUUCUGAUCCUAAGGGUUUGGAGUCGGCAACGAGGCUGCAAAAAGCCGGGAUAAGGUUUAAGAGGGGGUGGACUUAUAGCUUGUUAGAUGUCACGUUUCACCAUCGUGGGGUCCUCACAAUCCCACAACUCGAAAUCAAAGAGUGUACGGAGGAGCUUCUCAGGAACCUCAUCGCACUUGAGACGCACCUUGCGGACACACAACAAACGACAUCUUAUGCCUUUCUCAUGCAUUGCUUGGUCAAAUCAAAGAAGGAUGUGGAAUUGCUUGGGGAAAGGCGUGUUUUGAGUUAUGAAGAAGGCAAGGAAGAUGAUGUCGUUGCGAUGUUUCAGAAGCUUGGAGAGAAAGUUACCGCAAAGGAUUCCUACUACUUGAGGCUUCUUGAGCAAGUGCAUGAGUACCACACAAAAAAUUUGCAUUCAAAGUGGGGGAAACUCAUGAGUGGGUGCGCCAAGAAAACGACACUGUCGUUUGUGGUUUUUGUUGUGGCGAUUUUGCUUCUUGUUCUCACCUUUGUGGGGGUCUUCUUUUCCGUGCUUUCCUUCUUUCUUCACCGUUCUUAA